UUAAUGGAGAAGAGGUCGAAUGACAGCCGGAACUGUGGUCAUCACAGGCGGAAUAUUAGCGACUGUCAUCUUACUUUGUAUCAUAGCUGUGCUCUGCUACUGUAGGCUUCAGGUACUUGGAUUAAGCAAAUAUUAUUGCUGCAAGAAGGACGAAUCAGAGGAAGACGCAGACGAGCCGGACUUUGCUGUGGAUUCCCACAUCCCUCCACUCCAUUGCAACCGCAACGUGGCGCUGACCAACGGCCCUUCCUUGUACCAUUCGUCCCCCUACAAAAAGCCCUCCCAGUGCCGGACGGUCUGUCCCAGCUGCUCCCAUUUUGAGCCUCCCACGUUCUUCCUGCAGGAGCCGGAAGAGGAAGUCCGGAAUGGAGGCGACCGCAUCAACUACAAGGCCAUCAGCCAGGAAGACCUGGAGCUGCCUGUCACCGUGGCCAGCCUGCAGGCCCUGAAUCCCAACCGCCUGUCGGCCAUGCGCGAAGCCUUCUCCCGUAGCCGGAGCAUCAGCACCGACGUCUGACGCAGGC